AUGUCGACGACAGUUGGUGCCUUUGUCGCCGGAGGUAUCGCGGCUUGCGGUGCCGUCACAGCGACGCAUCCUUUCGAGACUGUCAAGAUUCGUAUGCAACUGCAAGGAGAGCUCCAGUCCAAGGGCCAUCAACCACACCAUUAUCGCGGGGCACUACAUGGAGUUGGCGUCAUCUGCAAACACGAAGGCAUUCGAGGUAUAUACCGUGGCUUGGGUUGUGCCUACGUCUACCAGGUAUUGCUUAACGGUUGUCGUCUGGGCUUCUACGAGCCUAUGCGGCAAAAUUUGGCAGGCCUGUUCCUCAAGAACAGGGAUGCGCAAAAUCUCGCCAUAAACAUGUUUUGCGGUGCAUCCUCUGGCAUGAUCGGCGCCGCUGCUGGCAGCCCCUUCUUCCUCGUUAAGACUCGUCUCCAAAGCUACUCACCCUUCCGGCCAGUCGGUACACAACACCAAUAUCGCAAUGCGUGGGACGGCCUGUCCAAAAUUUACCGUACGGAGGGUGUUCGGGGUCUCUAUCGCGGCGUGGGUGCGGCCAUGAUCAGAACCGGUUUCGGCAGCUCUGUUCAGCUGCCGACUUAUUUUCUUGCCAAGAGGCGCCUAGUUCGACAUGCGGGCAUGGAAGAGGGGCCAGCUCUGCAUCUGGCGAGCAGCACUGCCAGCGGCUUUGUCGUGUGCUGUGUUAUGCACCCACCAGACACCAUCAUGUCUCGAAUGUACAAUCAGAACGGAAACCUAUACAAGGGCGUUUUCGACUGCUUGGGGAAAACAAUCCGUACCGAGGGUUUCUUUGCCAUUUACAAGGGCUUCCUCCCGCAUCUUGCUCGGAUAUUACCCCACACCAUCCUCACACUCUCACUCGCCGAGCAGACUAACAAGCUCAUGAGAAAGUUGGAGUACCGCUUAUUACCUUUAGUUCUCAAAGAGUAA